AUGGCGCAAUCAGGUCAGUCAGAGGAACCUUAUGUUCUGUAUCGGAAUACCUGGUCAAUCCGAUCGCUCAUGAUUCGUCUUACUUUGAUUUCGACUGAGGAACACCCGCAACAACCUAACAUCACGAUCAAGCAAAAAGAAGUUGAUAUCAUACAUGGAGAGCAACUUGACGAAUGGUUCCUAUGCCAUAUCAAUCGAAAAGGCCAGGUUCCCGUUCUUACUCAUCCAAUAAUGUUCUCCGAACCGGUGCGAGAAUCCGUCGACAUUUCUUAUUACCUCUGUCAAUUCUAUCCGGAGCUAUUGCCAAUCGAUUAUCGUGACCAAAUAAAAAGUCUCCUUCAUGCCCUUCAUCGUCUCAACUUCCAUGUUAUUACAUUUGCAAAGCGUCCAGAGCGAGCCGCCGGUUUAAUUAAAACGACGCAGGAGAGGCUUAGCCGUUCCUAUAACUCGGAAGACUACCAUCGUGCUCUGGAAUAUAAACUAUCCAUGUUAGUUCAUCCUGGUGCAAGCAUCCUUCCAGACAAGACUAACCCUCUCUUUUUUUUUGUUGAUAGAAUAACCGACCCAGAAGAGCACAAUUUUUCGCCGGAAUAUAUUCAAGGACAAGAAGACCAAGUACGCGAAAUACUAGACAAAGCAACCGUAAUUCGCAAUAAGCACGCCUCUGAAAGUCCUUGGAUUUUUGGUACCAGGUAUGCUACCAUACUGGACACGCACUUAAUUCCUGUCAUUGUUCGUUUACGAGACAUUGGGAGCACGCACUUGGUCGGAGAAACCAUGACUCUCUAUGCUCAAUGUAUCGUGGGAACAGAGAUGUGGACUAAGCUGAUUGGAAAUCAACCCACCACAUAUGUGCCCGGGAAAUCAGAACCACUCGCGGGAGAUCUUUGA